AUGACCAGACAAACGACAACCUUUGAACAAAUCUACGCUGUCACGACCAGUGCCAAGUAUACCCUUACGAUCUAUUUCACCCAGUCCAGCUCAUCAACAGCAGACAUCACCAUUGGAUCAAGCGCAAGCAACAGUACGAUAUCUGUCGAAGCUGCCGCAUCUGCCACGUUCGUAUCAGCCAAUAUCCCUCUCACCGCCGGCUCUUCCAACACAAUUACCAUUGACACCUCACUGUCGAUUGAUGCCAUCCAUGUCACACCCCCGAAUGGCACUUACUAUCCCUCCACGAACUUUACCCUCGCCGGAUCCAGCACUCUGACCACCUGUGGAACCGGUUAUUGCCAGCCAGUUGGCUCGAAAAUCGGCUACAUCAGUCCAAGCGGCACGGCCCAGGCGACUGUUUCCAUCACCACAAGCGGGAGCAAGUAUCUGGAGAUUGACUACAUCAAUAAUGAUAUUGCGUUUGAUUCCUCCUGGGGCUGGGGGUCAAAUUCUCGAAAUCUAACUGUAACCGUAAAUAACGAGGAUCCAGUGAGGAUCGAGGUGCCGCUGAGCGGAAGGCAUAGUGAAUUGUUCGGACCGGGAUUGGGGUGGUGGGAUACGGCGACUUUGGGAUUAUUGACAAGUGGCUGGAAGGAGGGUUUAAAUGAGGUGGUUAUUGGUAAUGUGGGGGGCGAGGAUGGAUUUCAGUCCUAUGGAGCAGACUUUGUCGGCGUACGGGUGUUGGAUUAA